UAGCCAAGGUAAUUGUAAAAUGGAUGGACACGUUUCCAAUCGUAACAAAUUUAUCGGAGAUGGGAAGAAUAAACCAACCAAUUGGAUAAGAGGCCAGCUUUUGGGACGAGGGGCCCAUGCAAAGGUAUACCUUGUGACACAUUUAGGAGGACUAACUGGAAAAUGUGCAGUGAAGCAAGUUCUGAUUUCUGAAGAUAACGACUCCAAGCACUUAGAAACAAUCAAGAAAGAAUUAAAAGUUUUCCAAAAAGUCCGACAUCAUAGAAUAGUCGAUUAUUAUGAUUUCACAAUAACUCAACACUACUUCUAUCUGUUUAUUGGCUGUUAUGAGAAGGGCUCGUUGGCUAAAUAUAUAAAAGAGCAGCCUGAUGCAUGUCUUACAGAGCAAAAGGCAGCAAUUUUUACCCUUCAGCUUCUUGAAGGACUGGAUUAUCUUCACAAUAAAAAAAUUAUACACAGAGAUAUAAAAGGUUCUAAUAUUUUGAUGGAAGAUGACUAUAACAUAAAAAUAUCGGAUUUUGGAAUAGCUGAAAUAGUAAGCACACUGUCAAGAUCUAGUUUACACAAACCUGGAACUCCAAACUGGAUGGCACCUGAGAUGUGGCAGAAAGUUCCACACGACAGUAAAGUGGAUAUCUGGAGCCUUGGGUGCACAGUCUAUCAGAUGAUUACUGGAGAAAUGCCGUUAAGAGACUUAACUAUACUGCAGAUUAUGUCUAAAGCAAACAAAAAUGAACUUGAGAUCAAAGCUCCUGAACACUGUUCGUCAGUUCUCAAGGGAUUUGUAAGUCAGGCUUGUGAAAAGAAACCAACGGAUAGACCUUCUGCUAAUGAACUGAUACAGCAUAUAUUUGUAAAAGGACAUCAUGUACCGCAGAUUAUUUCUAAAGCAAGCAAAAACCAACUGGAGGUCAGAGCUCCUGAACUAUGUUCGUCAGUUCUCAGGGAAUCUUUUAAUUUGGCUUGUGAGAAGAAAUCAAAAGAUAAAUCACACUCGAAGAAAUUGAUUCAGCACUUUUAUGUAAAAGAUUUAAAAGCAACUGAUACGUCUAGGCGAGACGAUUUACAACAGGCAUCUCGAGAUGGGAAAGAAAAAUGUGUAAAUAAAUUGUUGGAGACAGGUUAUGAUGUGAAUAUAGUUGACGAAAACGGGAUGAAUUAUUUAAUGUCAGCCGCAAGUUUUGGACGUGAAAAAGAUUUGAUUCGCUUACUUGAAGAAGGGAGCAAUGUAAAUAAACUUGACAAUAAUAAAAAAUAAUGCUUUAAUGUUGGCAUCAAGCUUUGGUAACGAUUCCAUUGUGGAGAUUCUACUAGAUCAGGGAGCGGAUAUGAAACAGGUUAAUGAAGCUGGCAUGGAUGCUUUGAUGCUGGCAUCCUGCAACGGUCAUGCUACAACUGUUAAAAUAUUAAUCACUCAUGGAUGCGGUAUAAGUCGAUUUGACAAAAAAGGUUACAAUGCAUUGAUGUUGGCUGCAAAAAACAGACAUUAUCAUGUAGUAAGUUUCUUGUUGAAAUGGAUGAAAUAAUUGUA